AUGGCGGACGCUUUGGAUGAUGAAUGGUGGUUGGAACAAGACGUUGAAAACAGAGGUAAUUUUCUUAACAAAAAAAAUCAAACUUUUAUUUAUAUAAAAGUAUUUUCUCUCUAUCUAAUUCUUAAAUUUCUUGCCACAAGACAAAGUGGGUGAAAAAAGGCGCCGUAAAGAAGUAGAUGUGCGAACGACAGAUGACCAUGUGAGUAUUAUACACUCUAAGCAGCUCUAAGUACCGAUUAGAUUUUUACUUUUCGCGAGAAAAUUUCUUCUACAAUGUCUAGAGUAAGAUUUCGACACAGCCCCAUGAAUUUAUUAUGCGUGAAGUACUCUCCUACUAGUCCAAUCAAAUUGUGGUUUAAGAUCAAACUAAUUGCAACAGAAUUGUUAACGCCAUUUGAGCUUAAUUGUUAGAUGGCUACUCAUGCUUAACAACAUACUAAAAAUCCGCCAAAAUCCGUAUGGUGGAACGUGAAAGAUUUGUUCAAGUUUCACCACAGGAAACCCAGUUUGAGCAAGAUCACACUAACUCAGGCAAAAGAUCCGAUAAUUGUGUUUUUUUCUCAUGAAUCUUAGAUUUGAUAGAUAAUUACUAUCACAAGCAAGCACACACUCAGAGAUGGGGUAAAUAAUCAUUUAUUGCGAAGCACAAAACUAGUUGCACCUGAUAACCCGGGAGAGGGGGUGGGUUGCUCUCGCUUAUGAGGAAUCACAGGAAUGAUUUACUCGAUACAAAAGCCCCCAUCUAAUAGGGGUUAUCUGAAUAAGUAGAACUUCCAAGCAUAAUAUAAAUUAAACCUUUUAACUGUCCAUUAAAACACUCUUUUAUUGAUUCGGAUUUUUAUCAAUUGACUACUCCAGGAUGUAACUACACCCUGAACUACACUGACGUUAGUUUGAGAGGGUGGAAGAUCCAAAUCGUGAAAAACUGGGCACCUACAAUAAAAUUUACUUUUUGCAUGAUUUCAGAUUUCAAGUUUUUGAUGAACAGAAGAACAAAUGUAUCUUCCAAUAUAAGUCAAUGAAAUUUGUAGAAAUCAAGAUAUACAGGUGAAUGAAAGGAGUGUGUCAUCAACUUCUACCAAUUGAUUGAUACCAUCGAUAUCAAUCAUAUCAGAUUUACGGAUUCUUAUCAAUCGAUAAAUCAAUACCAAUUUUUAGCGAUUGACUGCUCUGGAUUUUUGCUAGAUCAUAAUGCUCUGCCUUUCUCAUGACACCUGGCCACCUCUGUCGCAAGGGAAAUUCAGAAAACCAAGCGCAGGGUGAUUGUUGUUUUAUUAUCUUCUCCUUAUAGCGAGUCUCAGAGUUAGUUUAUUGUACCUGUGUGUUUGGUUUUUAUUUUCUGUGGCAGCCCUGUAUUUCUUGGUACAUGUACAAGUAGAUUAAUAAUAUUAUUGCUCUGUGAUCUCAGGGUGUUUAAAUUCCUUCCUUGUAUUUCUUUUGUGGGAACUGCCCUGAAUCUUGACCGUCCAGUUUUUUUCCUCAAUUGGCAAGUGAAGACCUCUUUUUCUAUAACAUUCAUGGGAUACUAUACAUCUGAAAAUAAUUGCACUGGUCAAUGAAGGUGCCAAAUUACUGGACAUAGGUACAACAUAAAGGGCUCACCUGACUUAGCUGCUGGCCCACCCGGUUGUGCUUCACCUGUGUUUCUCAUUGGAUUACCAUUGUGUAACACUUGAACUCUUAGUUAACCUUCUGGCUUCUUACUGGAUAUCUUUAAAUAUGCAUUAUUUCAGCUACCCAAAGUUAGUCUUUCCCUUAAAAUAAAGUGCUUCCCUAUUGUACUAUUUCGUUUUCUGGAACCAAAGUUCUCAUGUAUACGUAAGGAAUGCUCUGUUAUAUCCUUUGAUUGUAUCAUUCUCUUUGCAAAGUUAACAACACUUUUCCUUAAAUGAAAACCUAUUUUUCUUAUCAAAAUCAUAAUUUAAGCAUUGGAGCUUAAAAUAUAACCUGCUCAAACACUUUACAUUGUUAUGCAUCAUGAAAAAUUAUUGAAAGUAUCCUAACCUCCGAUCCAAUUCACUUUUAACAAGAAGGAGAAAACAAGAAGCUUCAAGAAAGUAAAACUUGAAUUAAUUUAAGUAUGUCAGCAGGUUAACGAAAAUUAACGUAUAGGCAACCAUAAAAGCAAAAAGAAUAUCUUGCUGGAUUUUUGAAAACAUACCAAAUGAAAAGUGCAGCUGUUUGACUGAGAAAAAGACCAAAAAUAGGAGGCAAGUUUUUUGCCUCCAUGAGCCCAAAAAUCGCAGGUCAAGAAAAGGAAAAGGAAAAAAAUAGCAAUAGUGAGGAGAAAAGAAAAGAAACUGGAAAUAAUAAAAAUCAAUGGCUGCACUCUUAAUUUUUUUGUUGACUUCUUUAGAGACUUCUUUGGUUUUUGAAGGAAAAAAAAAACUGUUAGAGGUGAGACGUCUAAUUUGGCUGUAAUGUUUUCCAAAAAUCCAGCUGAAUAUAUAAAAUUAGUUUUCUUAACUUUGCUCUAACAGAAAUCUGGUAAAAAGAAUAUAUUUUUAAAGCUAAUAAUAAGGUAAUGACUUUCAUUUUUCAGAGUUAAAGCCUUACAACUAAAUUUGUUGUAAUUUUACAGCUUGCAGCUCACUCAUUACUUUGUAAGCCCCCUGUUUUAUUGGGUUCCUUGAGUGGAGCAUGGGAUUCCUGUACAAUAGCCAAAUGUACAUGUGGUUAAUAUUUAUCCUUUCAAAAAACAAACAAUAGAAGAGAAAAACACCUCUUUUGUAUAACUAGGUAGCAAUUAUUCUUUUUUCUUUAAGUUUUCCGUAAAAGUAACAAACACAUUUUGUGCAUUUUUUGUUUGAAAGUGUAAUUUCAACUAACAUGGGUAUCCUAUGUUAAAAGCUCAAAUUUUUUAAUGCUUAGUUUUGACAGGUUCCAUCGAAUGGAAUCUGGUGGAUUUUUAGUGUAUUGCUAGAUAGGCCACCCAUACUUAAAUGGGUUGAAAACAAUUCUGUCGCAAUUAGUUUGAUGUUGAGGCUCAAAAAUGCCUAGAUUGACUGAACUAUACUGUUUUAGCCUUUAUUUAAGUACCCUGCUUUCCAGAGCAUGUCUUUCUGGCAAUGUGAAUGUUUUCAAUAGCAUGGAUAUAAUACAUAUGAAGGUGUAGUUGCCUCGGGUUGUUUGCGUAGUUGGCUUGUUAUGGGGGAUGGGAAUUAAACAUCGGCAGAAAUGGCAGCCUGCAGUUGGCAAAUUGCCACCUUUCAUAACCAACUGUUGUCAUUGUUGUUGUACCUAUCCGGCACACACACAAAAAACAGAACAGCAAAAGCAGAGUAUUUUAGUAAGUUGGGCGUACAUCCCUCAAGCAAUGCAUGAGCUUAAUCCAGAGAGGUGAGAUUUUAAACAUUUUACUAUCGUGAGAGUAAUCGAGUGACAGCAAAUCAUCUACACCACUGUAGGCAGUUUACAGUUGCCCAUUUUUCCCUGUUGAUUGUUGAGAUAGAGUGCUUACCAUUAUGGGUGGCCAUCUUUGUUUAAAAUGUAGUGAGGGGCAGGUUGUGGGGUUAAUAGGGAGGCAGGAAAAAUAGACUGACUGUCACAUUAUCACUACAACUCGAGUUCAAGGAGCAUGUUGUUCCGGCAGCAAUGGAGGCAUCUGAUUAGGCAUAAGACAAUAGAUGCUAAUGUGCUGACAAGUCAUUGAAAAGUCAUCAUUUUCUAUAAAACACUUUCAAAAAACCUGCUUGCUUAACUUUUAAUUUUCUGCUAUUCUGGAUCAUUUUGGACCAACAAAACUGAAGAAGGAAUUGAUGAUGUCUGAUUGGUGUCAAGUAGAGCAGACUCUUCUUGGCAUUUCUUGGAGGAGAUAGGAUAUAAAACUGUUUGAAAUGUUGAUUUUAGCCACUUCCCCUGCAUGCAUUGUUUUCAAAACCAUCCCAAAGUGUCCCCAUCCCCUACUUGUAAGUACAUUUCAUACUCAUCCCCAUGCUAGUCUCAGUACAGCUGAAACCAAGAUGGCCACCCUUAAGGGCCAGUGCUCAAUCCUGACAAUCUUAUGGAAAAAUAAGAGACUGUGAAUAGUCUACAAAUCAUCUAAAAGCAUUAAGACUCCAGCACUGCUCGUGUAACAGAAUGCCUCUUAUUAUAAGCUACAGCUGAAGUGCUUAAUAUUGGAAAAAAAAUUCUGCCUACUUUAAUUAUUAGUUUUUAACAAAUUUUAUUUUGACAAACCUUAAUAGAAUGCUGACAGUGAUACCAAAGGAAAAACAAAGAAAAAGCAAAAGAAACCUAAGGUAGGCCAUCUUUUGUAGUAGAGACAGGAAUUCUGUAGCUACAGCUGUUGUAAUUGAAGAUCACAACCUUUAAUUGAAGAAACAAGGAAAGAGGAAAUUCAAAGCUGCUUUAAAUAAGAGCAAACUUUAAAUUGAAUAAAGUAAGAUGGCUGAUUCUGAUAGACAACUUUCUUUUGAAUGGCUUUUAGGCUACUGGCAUUAAGACGGAAUCUACCUGGAAAUUGAGUAAUUUUAAUUUUCAGUGGAUAUUUUAGGUUAUAUCACAUUUUUUUUACACUUUUUAAGGGCUUAACAUGUAAUUAGUCAUCUGUUAUAACAACAAAGAAAAUUUCUCAUGGGAGUCCAAAAACACAGGUAAAAUUCUGAAAAUUUCAUGUGUAAGAUGUAAUUUUUGUGAAAUUUUACAUUUAUUUUUUCAGGCUCCCAUCAGAAAUUUUCUUUGGUGUUACUACAGAUAACUAAUUACAUCUUUAGCCCUUGAAAAAUGUAAAAAAAGAAUGCAAUAUUCUUUAAAUUAUUCUGGUACAAGGGUUUUGUCCACUGAAAAUAAAAAUUACUCAAUAUCCUAGUGGAUUCCAUGUUAAUUUUUUAAACGAAGUCGAAUAAAACACGAAGAAAGAAAAUGAGAGAAAUGCAACUAUACAAAUAUGCAGAUGAUUCAAUUAUAACUGGAAAGCAGACUCUCAGGAGUUAAAAUCAUAAAACAUUUUUGGGGGGAACAUGCCCCUGCACCACCUAGAGGCUUGCUCCUUCUGUUCUCGCGCAUUUAGGAAAUCAGUCAGUGUUUAUCCUAGAUCUGCGCCUGGGCCCAUCUGCAUCUACAUCUACAUAAUUCAAUUGCAAAAUCCUAUAAGGACAUCUAGCAAAUUCCAGUGCAAAGUGCAAGAAUAAAAAUGAAUAAAUAAAUAUGUGCUAAUAAGGUAGUAAAUAGUGGUGGUAUAGUAAUGAUGAAAUAAAUAACAGUCAGUUAAUAAUUAAGUUGAUAAAACUAAAACUUAAGCAGAGAUAUAAUUAUUUUCAGCAGCUUUAAAAUUACUGAUUGAGGUCAUGUUUAUGAUAUUUGUCAUGUUUUGAAGAUAUUAUGCAAAGGGGGACAGUCCGUAGCACUCAAAAAGUGACUGACCACAAAAAUAGUCGUGUUCACUAGUCACAAUGGCGACAGCCACAAUGGCAACGGCUGUCAAUACAUGAAUUGUCUAAAUUAAAUCGAUGUACUGCUUUUGUGUGAUUUUAACACACAACAUCGCAGAGAUAAGUUAAUCAUAAUUUUUUAUACAUUAUCUAACCGCUUGAAAAAAUUACUCCAGUAGUCUCUGUAGCCCCAGAGCAGACGCCUUUUUCCCCUCUAAUAAAAAUAUGUCAUUUUUGGUUAUUAUUAACAAACCCCAGCCCAACCUCCAUUGAGGGGACAACUCUAUUCAGGGGACACUUUCCUUGGUCCAGAGGGUGUCCCCUUAGAUGAAUCACAUUUCUUGCAGCCAUGUUUGAUAAAACAUUGUUCACAUUGUUUGUCCAUUUCAAACACAUUUCAUCCCUUUUUACACUUUCACGGCUCUCUUUUUUAUUCCACGAUAUUUAAAAACAUGUAUUCCUCAGUGUAGAACAGAUAUUGAACCAAAGAAACAACAACACAAAGAAUAUAAUAUUAUUUACAAAGUAAAGUAAGUUUCAAGUUCACCAUAUUGUGUACCAGUAUACAUGUAUGUAAGUUUUUAAUUGUCAAGAAAAAUAAAAUUACUCCUGGCAACACAUCUAUUUACAAUUUCUGGCAUUUUUUCAUGUUUUACAAUAAUGUGCAAAAACAUCAAUCUCUCUUUACAAAACGGCGAACAACAGUUUAUGGUACUGAACAAUCUUUUGAGAUUAUAAGUAAUCGUUAGCUACAUUGUGCCGAGUACAAAACAUUACUUUAAAACACAAGUUGUAGCCAAGUGGUUUAAUUUGCACUUUAAUAAAAACUUUUAAGAACUGCCAAGGUUUUCCAAGUAAGUGUUUAUACUUUUUUUUGGCGAAGACAAUUUCAAGUAAAAAUUGCUUUUUUUAAUAUAAUACUACUUACUUAUUCUUCAACUAUGCGUUUAGCAUUUACAGUUGAAACACUUACAUGUAUUCAUUUCAAAACAAUGCUUUAGGUGCAACGACAUUCAGUGGGAAUGCCAUUGUGAAACUGUUCAUGCGCCAGAGUUUUUUGCCAAAUGCUUAGAGCAAAUUUUACUUUUCAAGGAAGAAGAACAAUGUCUGACUUUUUAUUCAGACCGACCAAAGUAACGUUAGAGUCACCCAGUAGCACACUCCCCCCCCCCUCCCCCAUAAUGCACAGAUCUCUUGUCCCCAUGAGUUUAAAAGAGAUGCCUGUGGUCAAAACAAGACAUAAGCUCUUCAAAAUGGAGAUUUGGUGUUUUUUGCAAAAAGUCAAGUGAAAUAAAUACGAUGGACCUGACGACCACAUGACGGCCAGACUCUACGCGCAUGAUGGCGUCCCUUUCUGAGACCUGGAUGCGGUACUCUGUUGCUUCAGGUUCUCCUUCGAUUGGGUUGUGUCUCAGUAACGUGGGAUCAUGUUUUGUGUAAGAUUUGGGUUCAACUAAAGCCUUGAUCAAGAUGCACCAGUCUUCCCCACUUGACCAGAUGUGCUCGGAGUAGCAUCUGUUGGAAGCGUAAGCAAUGCUUGGGGAGAGAAAUAUAGCUUUAGCCCAAUCAUCGAAACCAAAGUGCUUCACGCCAAGCCUUAUGUGACCGUUGGGUGGUUUAAUUGUGAGGCCAUUUUGGAGCUUUGUUCCGCUUGGAAGAAGUCCAUAGCGUAGGAUAGAUUCUAUAUUACUGGAUUUUGUCCCAUGCCAAAGUGCGACCCAUUUGGAGGUUAUAAAAUCCAAAUUAUUUCUUGUCCUGACAUCAAGUGUAUUUUCAUGGCGUAGAAUUUCUUUUCCAAUCAAUUUGCCUCUGCGUUUAACCAGACGGACACUUCGCACCAGCUGUUUUUCGAUCAGGGAAGUUACGAUCUGUGAAAUUCGAUCAUCCUUGUACCACUGAAUAUCUUGCUUUAUUUUUUCAGAACUGGCCUCGUUAGUCGGUGCAUUCCCCCAUCUGUUUAUCAUCGCUGGAUGUGCGCCAUAUUCCAGCAGAAGUCCAACAAUGCCACGCUGACCGUAGUAGGCAGCGACAUGCAGAGCUGUACUAUCGUCUACCUGCGUCUCGUUCACUUGAACGCCCAUUUUUAGCAGAGCCUCAGUUGUAUCAUAAUAGCCAGAGCGAGCAGUCAGAUACAGUAAAGUAUGCUUGUGUUCAUCGAUGCUUGUAAGCAAACCCUUAUUUUUCCGUAUCUGGGCGAGUAGUCUUGUUGUAGCUCCAAUAGCUGCAAGCACGAUAACGUCAUUUAAGUUCUUGUCUGUGAUUUCAUAGGUGCCCCAAUCAGUCUUCUUAUAUCGCUGAUCCUUUGACGCGAGAAUAAUGUACGCCAGAGAAGCCAUGGCUCGUUUCUGUCUUGAGCUGUGAUUGGCACUUCUUCGGAACGAUUCUUUGAUUUCAUGAAAAGGUGCGUUUGCAGCAAUUUGGAGCACUUCAUACGGUCGAACAAAUCGCGGAACCUGCACUGUUUCUCCACUUGGGGCAUAAUAUUGAAGUGCAUCAUAUUCAUAUACUCUUAAACGGCGCGGAAACCUUGAGUGCCACAUUUUUCGGUGUUCUUUUAACCAGCUUUCAAACGCGGAAGUUUGCAAGGGAUGUUCGCUUAGGAUUAUGGGUGGUUUCACCUUCCUUGUGACCUUUUUUUAAAGUAAGUGCGCCAAAAUUUGAGUUGUGUAAUAAACAAAAUAUAUUUAAGUCACCAGGAAGCCCUUCGAGACUUAUGCAGUUCUCGAGAUCCUAUAAAUAUCUAUCUAAUACUUGCUGUACGAGAAAAAAAAUGCUUAUCAUACAUUUGGUUACUGGCAAAUAAGCUCAGUUUAAAUGUGUCUUAAACAGAAUAUAUGUUCUUCAAGUCAGCCUAUCUUGGAUUACUGUGAUUCUGUCUGGGCCAUUCAGUAAAAUUAAAAAAAAAAAAAACAAGAAGCAAAACAGAGCAGUCGCAUAAUUACUUCCCAUGCGUAUGAAACGGGAUCAUCAGAUGUUCUUAAAUUCGUUUUCAGGAAUUCAAAAAAAAUGGUAUAAUUUGGCCACGAGAAGGGAUAGACGGCUUUGCCUUCUUUCGAAAUCAACCCAUGCCAAAUAUAACUGUGAGCUCUCUAAAAAAAGAAAACGACAAACUCAAGGGCUAAAUCGCUUCCUUGAGACAAAAUUGUGAGAACCUUCAACCGUUUAUUAAGAGAAGUAAUGUGCCGGUAACCAAGAACCAGCGGACGUCGAGACCUUGAACAGUCUAGUAUUCUAUACCCUGGGUUCCAGAGGUUAUGUUUUUUGUUGCAUCUAAUUCCUUACGAUUAUCAACCGUAAGCACGGUUUAUUUCAUUCUAAGUAUUUGGAGAACCGACCUUUGGAGCCAGAGUAAGUAUUCUACCGCAAAUCUUACGAUGAUCUCAACAAGUUCCGAGUGUGGGCUAACUUAAGUCUAAAAAAAUUCUGGUCCCGAUUUGAAAGAGUUGACUGGCUAGAUGGAAGAGAUCGCGAAUUCAGUCGAUCAACUCCACGCAGCGCUACAGUUUGUUGUAUAUAUUCUAGGUGAUCUAGAGGACGAUAGCUAGACCUUGUUGACUAAGAUUUACAGAUCGAAAACAUUAGAGCCUGCCCGAAUUAAUCUUAAUACGAGGUUUUAUUCUUUUUAACUUGUUUCUUUUUAAUACCAGAGACGGAUAAUUUUCUUUUGUUAUGACUUAAUUUAAAACACUGGACUGCCUGGUAGAGUUAUUUAUCGCAUCUAAGCCACAAGGAAAGUUUUUGGGAAAUCGUUAUUGACAGAUUGAUUCUAUUCUUAUGACUGAUAUAAUUCUUAAUGUUCUAUAGUGCUUUUAAAUUCUUACUUCAAAUAUUUCUGUAAAUUAAGUGCAUAUUUUCAAAGUUGAGUAAAAUUGUUAGUAGUGAAAAAAAUAAAAAAAUACAUAUAAAUGAAAUCCCAAAAUAUAUUAUUAUUAUUAUUAUUAUGUCGCAGUAUGAAACUUUGGAAUGCUGUCCACAUUAUGAGUAGUAUAGGGCGCAUAGCGUAACCUACACCACUUGAGAAGCUAUACUUAGAAGUAAAAAAAGGUCGAUACGAAACCUAAUACAAUCCUAAAAUACAUAGUGAUAUGAAUCUCUCUACUUAAAAAGCCAAUUUAGAAUAUUAUUAAAUUCUGAUACUCUGUAAAACCUUCGCUAUCUCUACUAAAAGCUUAUACAUAGUGAUAUAAAUCUCUCUACUUAAAAAGCCAAUUUAGAAUAUUAUUAAAUUCUGAUACUCUGUAAAACCUUCGCUAUCUCUACUAAAAACAUAUUUAUAAUAAUAUCACACUCUAAUGUUCUAAAAAAUCUAAAUAAAAACGUCAGCAAGCUUGUGUUUCUAGAUUUCUAGAGAAAAAACAAAAACCUAAAAACUGAAGUCCAUAGCGCCCUAACUAAGUAUUUAUCUUAAAUGUUCUGGCAAUGUUUAAAGUGUUUGAGAUGACCGACUUCUGCAUUCGCUCAAGUACGCUCCGUGCUCUCGCUCCAAGUAGCUUCCUCACCGACUUCUCUAGCUGUUUAGAGUAACCCCCCAGUACGUCAAUUAUUACGUUGAACUGUUCAACCCUGUAACCCUGUAACCAUUGUAUAUAGAUUAUUAUUAUUAUUAUUAUUAUUAUUAUUAUCAUUAUUAUUAUUAUUAUUAUUAUUAGCAGCAGCAGUAGCCGCCGCCGCCUUAGUUACGCCUAGACCGUCAUCUUUGUACAAGCCAAAGUUGCAUGCGUUACCAAACUUCUCUUUGAUGUUGUGGGGGAGGUAAGUGCCACAAGUUCGUGUGACCGUUCGGCGCCAUCGAAGCUGCCCAUGGUCACAUCGAAGAGGUUUGGUGACGUUUUCUUGCUCCAUGGUUUACCAAAAUUGUAGAGAAGAGAGCUCUUUGCCUGAAGGAUCAUAUGUCGUUCGUCGUCGCAAAUGGUGUCAUACUUCGAUGCGAAUUCGAGAGCGGCGCUUAGCAAGGGAUUGGUAUGCUAUUCUAUGUAUUGCUUAGAGUAACAUUUUAAAUUAUCAUUACUGUAUCUCGGAGUAAAGGCUCAACACUUUUUUGUAAGCUCUAGUUUUCGGCCUGUUUUUAGAAAAGAAAACCUUAAACUUUUGUUUAAUCCUGGGUGAAACUUAACUAUCUCUCGUGGAACUGGGCCCUGACGCAGCUGAGUGGGCUUAAGACUUGGUAAAACACGAAAGGCGAGUUCAUCGAAGCCAAAAAAACUUUGAUAGAUAUAUUAAAGCUUUACAUACAUUUGGAGCCAUGCCAAUAUAUUAAAGGUGGUCGUGUGCUUCAUCUUUAUAAAAUAUAAAAACACUUGUCAAACAGUGAUUUCUAUUGAAUACUAUUUUUCUCAGUAGUACAUUGCGGGUGGUUUAUGGUCUUUAUUGUCCAUGAGAACGGGGCACUGUAACUUUUUUCUGAAAGGCUGCUGUUCGCAGCCCUCUGUUUUCUCAUAUUUUUAUUUGAUGAAGUAGGAGACGAGUAACAGUGAAACGAGAGGGAGGGGGUAGGGGCGGUAAGUACAGAAAAAUUAGUUCGAAAAAUAAGUCAGCUUGAACAGUCUAACUUUCUUACAGUCGUCAGUUCAUAUCUCCACCCCAGACGGGUACGAGGCUACUCUCUGGUUUCCUUCCGAUAUUGUUGUUGUCCUUCCUUGCAAUAAUUGUUAUUUCUUUGGCAUUGAUUUCUCUUUCAGGGCCUGCGAACUUACACUUGAAUUGCUCCUGGCUGUAAACUAGGCAUUGCGUCGUUUACACGCCUUAUCUAUCAAUUCAAAACCGGAAAAGAUGAAGGAUAAAACCUGUUUUCCUGUUACAAUAUUAUUUCGUCUCCUUUUGUUCGGAAAAUAUGAGGAUGGACUGAGAGUUCCUGCAGUAAUUUCAAAAAUUACCAUGUUUACUCGAAUAAGCGGCGCUUGUUAAAUUUUUCACUCUCAAAUACGGCGCUUAUUCGAGGACGGCGUUUAUUUGAAAGUUGGACGCGACGGAGAAUUGUUUCAACUACGGUAUUUUUAUUUAAAGUAUAAAACUAACAGAAUCAGCUUCUUUCGAUUUUGAUUGUAUAGUCAUAUAGGGGCCGCGGCGCUUAUUCAAGGGCGGCGGUUAUUCGAUUAAAUACUGUAAUCAGUUGGCAGUUUUUGCUUGAGUCAGCAAUGUACUUAUUACGAUUUUUUUUGGUGUUUAGAUUGAAAGUGUAGCCACAGAGCUUGAUGGAAGUAAAGCAGGUGAUGUGUUAUGGAGGAGUUUCUGUGACAGCACAGCAGGUUCAUUAUCCACACUAGAGUUGGAGGAUAUAAUGAUUGAUAGUGAGUUUUUUUGUUACUGUUUAACCCUGUUUACUUUGAAAAUAAUCCAGCACAAAUAUCAGAUUACAGGGAACCUUGUAUUUUCCUCUCGAGCUUUGCGACAGUGUGGCUGAUUCGUUGGUUCGUAAUUUAUAUUGGGGAAAGUGACAGCGAGACUGAGAAGACAAGUGUAUGCGCAUUUGAACACACAGUGGAACUUCGCCUACGAACACCUGUAUAUAACGUAUGUACCGACGAAAAGUUCAUCGGACACCGGUUUGAAAACGGACAUUUUCCUGUCUCCCGAGUCACAAACUCCCAUAUAUCCUCAACCUCGCUUUAAAGACACGGUUUAUCUGUACACUGUCUAUGACUGAGUAUCUUGCUGUGAAAACCUAUCAGAAACGGCAAUUGACCUUCAUCAAAGGUUCUGUCUAAUAUUCAGCCCACCUGGCUGAGUCGCAAACUAAAGUCGUCUGUACAAAGUAAAGUCACAGAUUCCAUUGUCGGGUAGUUUAAAAGGUAAUUUUAGUUCGAGCGUAUGAUAAAUUAUCGUGGAGUUUCUUUAGGAUGAACUUGUUACAGACGUUUUAUGGCGUGUCCCUUUGGUAACCUGCGUGCAACAGCAGAAAUUUGGGACACAAUGGCGGCCGCGCGUGCGUAGUAAGGUCAUAAGUGACGGCGGUUUCCAGUAAGGAAAGUUAUGGGAAAAUAUAGUUUCUCCAAAUUUCUCAGUUCCGAGAUUACGACACGAAUCCGUUUAAGUGGUGUACGGUGUAAACCAGUGUUUUCACAACUUUUGAAAGUAGAAGUUGCGUUGAGUGAGGUAGGAGUUGCAAGGCCCGAAGGGGCUUGCCCCCUA